CACCAGAUUCGUUGGUUUUCAUAAAGUUGCAUUUGGCUGUACAAAAUGUUGACUCGAAAUGCUGAACAAGUUUUGAGAAUUUUCCUAAUUUUAGCGAAAAUGCGUAAAUUAAAACUGCGAUUAAAACAGAAGCGCCGAUUUUGGGUUCGGAAAUUGUACUUAGAGCGACACAAAUAUGGAUUGUUUGAAAGUUCAUUAAGAAACUUGGCUGCAGAUGAGGAGCAGUUUAACAAUACAUUAAGAAUGCCCUUUUCGUUAUUUAAUGUGCUGCACGAAUUUCUGGAGGCUUCGCUGACCAAAUAUUCAAUCAGAACACCAAUAUCGAGUCGCUGCAGACUAUUUAUAACCCUGAUAUAUUUGGCUCACGGUGGCACUCGGCAAUUCCACACAAUAGUUCACAGGAUCGGCCUGACGACUUUCAGGAAGAUUACGUUGGAGACAUGUAUGACCAUAUGGGAUCUGUUAGCUGACCUGUAUGUGGCGACCCCGUCAGAAACGGAAUGGGGACGUAUUUCCAAUGAGUUCAAGUCGCUGUGGAAUAUGCCCAACUGCGUUGGUUCCAUCGACGGAAAGCACAUUAAUAUUACCUGUCCAGCAAAUUCAGGGUCGAUGUACUAUAAUUACAAAGGCAAUUAUAGUAUCGUGCUUUUGGCCGUAUGUGAUGCCAAUUAUACCUUUACCUGCGUUGACAUCGGAGCAUAUGGAAGUCAAAGCGAUGGCGGUGUCUACCACUUUUCAAAACUGGCAGAUGCUAUUGAAAAUGAUAGGCUCGGCCUUCCACAUGAUCAGCCUCUGCCAGGAGAAACCGAGCCAUUUUCACAUUAUUUAGUAGGAGAUGCAGCUUUUCCCUUACGGCGUUAUUUAAUGCGACCAUAUCCGGGUAGAGGUAUUCCAGAAGAGCAAGAGUAUUUCAAUAAAAGACUCUCUCGUGCAAGAAGAGUUAUAGAAAACGCAUUUGGAAUACUCACUGCCAAAUGGAGAAUAUUGAGAACGACGCUAUGCAUGGCCCCGAAAAAUGCAGAACAAAUAGUGAAAGCUUGUAUUGUCUUGCAUAAUUUUAUUAAGCUUUCGUGUGCAAACUAUGUAGCAAGCGAUUUCGUUGAUCGCUACGAAGAGGAUGCCACCAUCGCUGGCUCAUGGCGAAACGAAGUAGUUCCAUUGCCCUCAAUAAGUAGGGUGUCAUCGAACCGAGGCAUUUCAAAUAAUUAUGAUUUAAGGGAUGCUCUGAAGACACAUCUUUUUAACAAUAAAAUUUAAAUAAUUACUACUCACUGAAUAUGCUUUGUUUUUAUUAUUUAAGAUAGAAAACAAGAAUUUGAACUCACAGUAUGAGGGCACUUAUUGGUAAUGUUUUAAAUGUCGUCACAUCUUUCAGGUUUUUAAAUUAAUUUUUGUUCAAGGUAAGUAUGGCGUUAACAUAACAUAUAUUUCA